AUGUCGAAAAUUAGUCAAAAUAGUGAUUUAAGCAGUUUAAACGAGCCAAAUAGCCCAUAUGUAACUCCAGGGUGUGAAAAAAACUCGUUCGAAACUAAUAUUAAUACGCUGAGAGGAUCCCGCGUGCAAGCACCCGAUGAUUCACUUCUCAUAAAUGGUGAUUGCGAUUAUGCUUUGGAACUCCGAGCCUUCAAAUACCAAGUUAUCAAGAAAAUGGACAUGCAAACAAGAGCUAUUAUGGAUCUUCGAGAUUUGUGUAUUUCCCUGAAAUCGGAAUUGCAAGAAAUUAAAACGAAGUUCAUGUCGGUAGUUGAACAAAGUGAUAAAAGCAAUAGUGAAAAUAUCAAUCGUGCUCUCAAUGUAAAUAACGGGCAGUGUAUUCGUACCGAGGACAUAUCGGAGAAGCGAAUAGAAAAUAUACCAACACCAACAUUUGCCAAAAUCGCUCAAAACCCGAGGCAGGUAGGCGGUAGUACUAGCGAGGCCACGAAAGCCACGAAAAUCAGCUCAGCGACAAUCAAAACGCGACGAGUUAAGAGACAUCAAUUGCAAUCGGUGGAUCUCGAGACCGUAGAGGGAGAUAUAGAUAAAAUAAAGACGUGGAGCGAAAAUAACAAGCUGCAAAUUAAUUUAUCUAAGUCAUGCGUCAUAACAUUUACCAAAGCAAAAGCCCCAAUUCGGUACGAAUACAAAUUGGCAGGCGCACCUUUGGAAAGAGUGCAAUCUGUACGUGAUCUCGGAGUUACAGUAGACGCAAGAAUCCCAACAAUCAAGAAAAACGGCGUUGUAACGCACACACUUAAACAUUUCACCUGUCGCCAUAGUUGUUUGAAAACGAGGCUUUUCUGCGCGAACACAGGUUGUGCCUACUCCCACUCUCGCUCGCUCAUAUCGCUAAUUCCUUCUAUCCGAUAG